UCGGUGCGCUUUGUUUUCAUUUGCUUUCUCGGCCUUCACGCAGAAUGGCUGGUUUUUGUUUUGUGCAUCAUCCUCUUGCCGAGAAACGGUCGCUUCCCCCUAGUCUAGACACGAGGCUGUAAAAUGCAACUGCUGCUGAUACUGCCCCUUAGUGUUUGUCACACAUGUCUGCUCAGCUCCUGCAAAAAGACCCGAUGGAUGAGCCUCUCCUGGAAAGCCUCUCAUCGUAGAGAUUCAUCUCAUAUUUAACUUUAACAGGAGAAUAAAAUUCACUCUGCAAACACUGGAAUAAGACUUGCCAAAGAACAAGUACAGCAUGGAUUCUCUACCAGAAGAAUUUUUUGUGAGGAAUCCUUUAGAAGAGCAGACUAUGGAAGAAACUGAGAAUAGUAUAGAAAAUUCAAAUGAUCAACUGGACAAACAGGAACAGGACACAUUUACUGAUCUGGUCCCUGUUAAUCUACUAUUAGAAGUGAAGAAGUUAUUGAAUGCUAUAAAUACUCUACCAAAAGGUGUGGUACCUCAUAUUAAAAAGUUUUUACAGGAAGAUUUUUCCUUCCAAACUAUGCAGAGGGAAGUUGCAGCUAGCAGCCAGAAUGGGGAGGAAAUUGUUCCUGCUUUGACUUUAUGUUUCUUGAUAACACAACUGGAAGCAGCACUUAGGAACAUGCAAGCUACUAAUUAUACUGCACAUCAGAUUAAUAUUGGAUACUAUUUGACACUGUUGUUUCUGUAUGGAGUAGCACUCACUGAAAGAGGAAAGAAGGAGGAUUAUACAGAAGCUGAGAAUAAAUUCCUGGUAAUGAAGAUGGUGAUCCAAGAAAAUGAAAUUUGUGAAAACUUUAUGACUUUAGUUUAUUUUGGACGUGGUUUGCUUCGAUGUGCUCAGAAGAGAUAUAAUGGAGGACUGCUAGAAUUUCAUAAAAGCUUACAAGAAAUAGGAGAUACAAAUGAUCAUUGGUUUGACAUAGAUCCUAUAGAAGAUGAAGAUUUUCCUACAACAUUUAAAGUUCUUCUUAGUAAUUGUAUUAAGACAACUGAAAGUAAUAUAAUGAAGCAGACCAUUUGCAGUUAUCUAGAUUGUGAGCGAUCUUGUGAAGCUGAUAUUUUAAAGAACACCAAUUAUAAGGGUUUUUUUCAGCUAAUGUGCAGUAAAAGCUGCUGUGUUUAUUUCCAUAAAAUUUGUUGGAAAAAGUUUAAGAAUUUAAAAUAUCCUGGUGAAAGUGAUCAGAGUUUCAGUGGAAAAAAAUGUUUGAAGGAAGGAUGUACAGGUGACAUGGUAAGGAUGCUACAAUGUGAUGUACCUGGAAUUGUUAAAAUUUUGUUUGAAGUUGUGAGAAAGGAUGAAUAUAUAACCAUUGAAAAUUUAGGAGCAAGUUAUAAAAAGUUGAUGUCUCUGAAAAUAACUGAUACUGAUAUAAGACCGAAGAUCAGUUUAAAAUUUAGCGGAAAAGAUGAAAUGCCUAUCUUCAAACUUGAUUAUAAUUAUUUCUAUCAUCUGCUUCAUAUAAUUAUUAUUUCUGGUACUGACAUUGUCCGGCAAAUAUUUGAUGAGGCUAUACCACCCCCUCUUUUGAAAAGAGAGCUUCUUAUACACAAGAAUGUGCUGGAACCCUACUACAACCAUCUCUGGACCAAUCACCCUUUGGGUGGAGCAUGGCAUCUGCUUUAUCCCCCAAACAAGGAACUUCCACAGUCCAAACAGUUUGACUUAUACCUCUUAUUAGCACUCAUAAAACAUUUGAAUGUAUUCCCUGCACCCAAAAAGGGCUGGAGUAUGGAACCACCAUCUUCUGACCUCUCUAAGUCUGCAGACAUCCUGAGGCUGUGCAAAUACAGGGAUAUCCUCCUUAGUGAGAUUUUGAUGAAUGGCCUCACUGAGUCACAAUUCAAUUCAAUUUGGAAAAAAGUUUCAGAUAUUCUUCUGCGCCUUGGGAUGAAGCAAGAGGAUAUUGACAAAGUGAAGGAGAACCCCAUUGAGAAUAUCUCUCUUGAUUACCAUCAGCUGUCCAUCUACCUAGGCAUACCAGUACCCGAAAUCAUCCAGAGGAUGUUAUCCUGCUAUCAACAAGGAAUUGCUCUACAGUCAAUAACAGGAAGUCAACGUAUUGAAAUAGAAGAGUUACAGAAUGAAGAAGAAUUAAGUCCACCUCUUAUGGAGUACAACAUAAAUGUGAAAUCAAACCCUGACAUACAGCUAGCAGAAAUGAAUAAAGAUGAGGCAUCAAUACCCAGCGAAUCUUCAACAGAAUCCAUUAAAGAUCUCCAGGAAGUUAAGAGUAAACAAAAGAAAAAGAAAAAGACUAAGAAUCGAAAGAAUAAAGAUUCAGCAGAAGAUCAAAUCCCACAUACAGUAGGAAAGGAAGAACAGCUGAAGAAAGAGCAAGCAAACCAGUACACAGUCAACAGAUUUAUGAAUGAUGAUGCAAGUGAUAUUCAGGAAGAUUCUGCACCUGAAGACAAGCUCUAUAGUCUGGAUGAAUUGCAUAUUCUGGACAUGUUAGAGCAGGGCUCAAGCAGCAAAGUAACUACAGAAUAUGGAGAAACUGAGAAGGAAAAGCUUGAUCGACAACGGCAGCUUUACAAAUUGCAUUAUCGGUGUGAAGAUUACAAAAGACAAUUGAAAACGGUGACUUUUCGGUGGCAAGAAAACCAAAUGCAGAUUAAAAAGAAAGAAAAAAUCAUUGCAUCACUUAACCAACAAGUAGCUUUUGGAAUCAAUAAGGUUUCCAAAUUACAGCGUCAAAGCCAUGCUAAAGACAAUGAAAUCAAGAACCUUAAAGAGCAACUCUCUAUGAAAAGAUCUCAGUGGGAAAUAGAGAAGCAUAAUCUGGAAAGCACAAUUAAAACAUACUUAAACAAAUUGAAUGCAGAAACUAGCAGAGCUUUAACAGCAGAGGUGUAUUUCUUACAGUGCCGUAGAGAUUUUGGUUUGCUGCAUCUAGAACAGACUGAAAAGGAAUGCCUCAGUCAGCUUGCGAGGGUGACUCACAUGGCAGCAAGUAACUUAGAAUCACUUCAAUUAAAGGCUGCAGUGGACAGUUGGAAUACCAUUGUGACAGAUGUUAGAAACAAGAUUGCAUUCCUCAAGACACAGUACAAUGAACAAAUUAACAAGGUGAAGCAAGGGUUUGCCUUGAGUACCUUGCCUCCAAUCCAGCUUCCUCCACCACCACCCAAUCCUGACAUGCUGAUGCAGCAGUUCUUGGGAAGACCUCUGGUGAAAGAAUCCUUCUAUAGACCCAUACUCAGUGUUCCUCAAAUGUCUGCUGUUUGCCCAGGAGUCAUCUCUGCUACUGGCCAACCUCGAGCCCCCCUGGUGACUGGCAUCGCCUGGACUGUCCCAGCACCUGUGGGAGAGGCUGUUCCCCCCAAUGCAAGUCUGGGAAGUGAGCCCACAGGGACAUGGGAGAGGAUUGUAGACAAACUGAAAACUGCCUUUCCACAACGGACCAGAAAGGAACUUACAGAUUUCUUAAGACAACUGAAGGAUACUCAUGGGAAAUCUUUAUCUGGACUGACAUUUGAUGAAAUUGUUUACAAGAUUUCUCAGCUUAUUGACCCUAAGAGAGCUCAGAAUCAAGGAAAAUCAGUGCCAAAUGGUGGUAAUAAUGUUUCACCCAGCCUUACUCUACCACAGCCUAAUGCUGCCCAGACCCCCAAACAAGCCUGGAGGCCCCUCACUUCACAAAGUCCUGCUACAUGGAAAGGAGCCAAUAAUUUGGAUGAGGAUGAGGAAGAGGAACCUUGUGUGAUCUGUCAUGAAAACCUCUCUCCAGAAAACCUGUCGGUUUUGCCUUGUGCUCAUAAAUUUCACUCUCAGUGCAUUAGACCUUGGUUGAUGCAACAGGGGACAUGUCCAACCUGCAGGCUCCAUGUUUUGCUACCAGAAGAGUUUCCUGGCCACCCCAGUCGGCCCAUGCCUAAGAUCUGAUGUAGAUGAGGGGGUGACUGCUGCGCAAAGGAAGUCCCGUUUUCAGUCUCCAGAACUUAGUUCUGCCUUUUACUGUGAGCUGAUAGUGCAAGUGGUGUGAAGCUAUGUGCUCUUCAGUAGUAUGCAAAAGAAGCUAAUCUCAUCCAAGCUGCAGCCAAAGAGAACAGAAAAGACAAAUCUUCAGGAUUUAUGACCGAAUUGAAAGGCCUUAAAGAAGACAGAAUUUUUAAAGUUACAUUAUAUUUGCACUUAGUGGGUAUUUUCUUCUAAUAUAAACACAACUGUUGGAAUGUAUCUUAGGAUGUCUUCUUUUCCUUCUCAUUCUGUUAACUCUUUAUUUCACCUCACAUAUACAUUUUAAUUUCAUGAAAUAAAUUUAAGCAAAAGCAAAAUAGUCAACAAGUUGGAAAAUUCCAGAUUUCAACAUUCCUUUUUAAUUUUUAACACUUCUUACAAAAAAUAUUAUGGAAUUAUUUCCAUUUUAUCUCAAUUCUGUCCUCUAAAAUACGUACCUAUGAAGAGAUUUUGAGCUACUUCAGGGUGGGGAUCAUACAGUGUUUUAUGUUAGAGCUGACUCACAGAGAUGAUUGUUAAUUUCAGGAAAUUUGUGAACCAGUUAUGAAACUGUUGGUAGGUUGAAAUCUGCCAUAGUAGGAGUAUUUAUACAUAGAAAUUGGCAACUGCUUUAAGUAAGGGACCUCUUAACCGUAGGAAGUAGCUGGUAAACAUCUGCUGGCCCAACACUGGGACCAUGUCUAAUGCACCAGUGUGCCACACAGAAGGUGCAACAUGGCAUUCCCAGAAUUAGAAAUCAGGAGCAGGAAAAGGAAUUUAUGUACAAAGUAAGUCAAUGUCUUACUUUGAAUAAUUGAGAUCUUUUGUUCAAUUGGAAACAUGUUCUUUGGACCUCAAUAAUUUAUAAAUGGGUUGAAUUUUUUUUUCCUGCCUUAAAAUUUUCUAAUUUCACUUUUCAUGCUGCAGGUAAGGGAAUUGUGUGUGGUUACUUUUUGACAUAGUUGAUACCACUGGGCUAAGCAGUGUAUCUCAAGUUUGUUAUUGAGAAUUUUCAUUCUUAAAAGUCAAAAGCCUUCUUUGAAAAUAGUAUUGUGUAAAUGUUGCAAGUGUUGUUCAUGUCUCUAGUGGCAAAAUUAAUUAGGUUACCUUUUAAGAUAAAUGCUACUUGGUUCAUAUUCUUUUUUAUAAACUGAGGAAAUUGAGACUGUGAGUAAGUGUUUCCUCAUGCAACAGUUAUUUUAUUUGUAUAUUUCAGUGUAAAUGUAUCUGGAAGUUGCUUUAAAUCUCCUAUUUCUGUAAUUGUAUGCUAAAGUUUUCUUCUGUAAUGAGAAAUGACCCGAAAAUACAAAGGAAAAUUUUAAAGAAAAAAAAAAAAAGGUGAAGGCCUUCAUCUGGACAUGUAAAAUGGCAAGAAUGUCUUGGAAUUGUGGAAUUGCAAACGUUCUAAGGGCCUUUAAUAAUUAUCUUUGCUAAAAUCUCAAAGUCAUGGUAAUUUAGCAGAUUAUUUUAUGAGGUGAUAUUUCUUAGUUUUUUGUUUACAAUUUCAUUUUCAUGUGCGAAAGAAUAAAUGUUUCUUAAUUGAUCACUUAUUA